UCCUUACAGAACCAUCUUUUAGAUUCUCCACUUUCUUUAUCAAUCACUCGCACACCCUUAAAAAUCACCCAACAUCAAGUCUCUCUAUUUUUCCAAGAAAACCCAGCCUUCAAAGAAGAAGAAGAAGAAGAAGAAGAAAUAAACAUGGCUGCUGCUACUUCUGGUGCUGUGCUUAAUGGAUUGGGUUCUUCUUUCUUGCGUGGUCCGAAAAGAAGCCAUGCUUUGUUGAGUGCUAUUGGAGCCAACAGAACGGCUUCUGGUGCUUCUACCAAGUUUGUGGUUAUGGCUGCUCAACCUAAGAAAUCUUGGAUCCCUGCUGUCAAAGGUGGUGGCAAUUUCAUUGACCCUGAGUGGCUCGAUGGCUCACUUCCAGGGGACUAUGGUUUCGACCCACUAGGGCUAGGCAAGGACCCAGCAUUUCUCAAGUGGUACAGAGAAGCAGAGCUCAUCCAUGGCAGAUGGGCUAUGGCUGCAGUGAUUGGAAUUUUCGUAGGCCAAGCAUGGAGUGGCAUCCCUUGGUUUGAGGCCGGAGCUGACCCUGGUGCCAUUGCACCUUUCUCCUUCGGCUCUCUAUUGGGCACUCAGCUUAUCCUGAUGGGAUGGGUAGAGAGCAAGAGGUGGGUAGAUUUCUUCAACCCAGAUUCACAAUCAGUAGAAUGGGCAACUCCAUGGUCAAGAACAUCAGAGAACUUUGCGAAUGCAACUGGUGAGCAAGGAUAUCCAGGAGGAAAGUUCUUUGAUCCACUGGGAUUUGCAGGGACUCUGAAAGAUGGUGUCUACAUUCCUGAUGUGGAGAAACUUGAAAGACUAAAAGUAGCAGAGAUCAAGCAUGCUAGACUAGCAAUGCUUGCCAUGUUGAUCUUUUACUUUGAAGCUGGUCAGGGUAAGACUCCUCUUGGUGCUCUUGGGUUGUAAAAUCUUAUGAUGAGAUAAAAGUUUAUAUGAACUUGUGAAUGUAGAUAUAAUUCUAAUCAAUUUAGAGGACAAGAAGAAAUGUGUUACUUAAGAGCCAUUAUGAGUUCCCACAGGGAUAAUUCAAAUUCUUUUGGCUUGGUUUC